AUGGAGGCAGAGGCUCUUCAUUUGAUUCGCCAGAGGACGUCUAUACCUGUUCCAGUCGUCAAGGCCUGGGGAUAUUCAAAAGACAAUCCGCUAGGGCUAGGCCCUUUUCUACUCAUGGACUUUAUCCGCGGCAUGAGUCUUGACAACGUGUUCACGGAUGAUCAAUCCGGACUGCUGAAAGAGAAUCUUUGUGACGACGACAUAGAGCGUGUCUAUAGACAGAUGGCCAAGUUCAUGUUGGAGCUUUUCCAAAUCAACUUCGACAAAAUUGGCAGCAUUCCAAACUAA